AUGACACAAGAGGUUCUUGAUUUUGGAUUCCGAGAUUUAGAGACUCUCGAGGAUUUUUCCCUUGAAACGAAAGGUAUUUACGACGAUUCGGAAUACGCUAAAAAUGAUGAAGGACUCUACACAGCAAAUAAAUCGCUGCGCUUACGGAACAAUCAGCUAGCCUCGAUUGACGGACUCUCUGAGAAACUGUCGACGAUGAUUGUCGAUCACACAGCACUACAGUGGCUCGAUUUGAGCUUCAACCAAAUCGCAAAGAUUGGAAACAGCUUCAACGAUCUGGUUUCGCUAAAAGUGCUCUAUCUUCAUGGGAACAGUAUAAGGCCCGGCUACAGUUUAGUAAAUCGAUAA